AUGCCCUUCAAACACUUUGAUCUCCGAUGCGUUCCGAUGCAUGAGAAGCACUCCAACAAAGAAAAGCGUGUGGGCAAAGACCAGACGUGUCAGAACACAGGUUCUGUUCCCCCGCUGAAGACCGUUAGAUUGGCCUUCUCGAAGUUUUUUUCCGUGACCAACCGAUCCAAUUCUCCCAAUCAAAGAGUUCUCCCUUGCCUUCGUUUUGUUUCAAUCGAACACCAAUUCGGUCUUGAUUGUCUGUCAUACGCACGCUCACAUACCGCCAACACAAUGCCUGUUGGAUUUAUAUCAUUGGCCCAAGCAAGUUCGGAUGAAUACUUUGUCCAAUUCACAUCUGGGGCAAACAUGGGACAUUGGAUGUGUAAACUCUGUACCAGUCGAACCUUCAAGGACAAGAGCAAGCACUGUAAGUUGAAAACUCACAUCGACCGCGUCCGCGUGGAGCUGGAAAGACGCUCGAUGUCUCCUCCCGCAGUGGCACCGCCUGGGCUAGGCUCUCGAGCGUCUCAAUCUACCUCGGAGACCGCGCAAGCUUCUCUGCCUGCGAGGAUACCUGACGAUGGCGGCGUCCCUAAUCGCAUCAAUGAUACCAAAACCAAAGUUACCUCCAUUUCUACUUUGAACACUCCCACGGAAGGGAGGUUUGUUAAGUAA